AUGCCGGUGAAAAUAAUGACUUAUCUGGAGACAAACUUCACGCUCGGAGGAGCGCAAAGUUUGGCGGGGGUGAGGCAUCGAUCCUCGAGUUCCACACUGAGUUAUUAUGUAUAUAAUACUCUCCUCUCCCAUGGGAGCUGCGCCUCUACCUCUCCUCUCCCAUGGGAGCUGCACCUCUACCUCUCCUCUUCCAUGGGAGCUGCGCCUCUACCUCUCCUCUCCCAUGGGAGCUGCACCUCUACCUCCUCUCCCAUGGGAGCUGCACCUCUACCUCUCCUCUCCCAUGGGAGCUGCACCUCUACCUCUCCUCUCCCUGCACCUCUACCUCUCCUCUCCCAUGGGAGCUGCACCUCUAUCUCCUCUCCCAUGGGAGCUGCACCUCUAUCUCCUCUCCCAUGGGAGCUGCACCUCUAUCUCCUCUCCCAUGGGAGCUGCGCUCUACCUCUAUCUCCUCUCCCAUGGGAGCUGCACCUCUAUCUCCUCUCCCAUGGGAGCUGCACCUCUAUCCUCUCCCAUGGGAGCUGCACCUCUACCUCUCCUCUCCCAUGGGAGCUGCACCUCUACCUCUCCUCUCCCAUGGGAGCUGCACCUCUACCUCCUCUCCCAUGGGAGCUGCACCUCUACCUCUCCCAUGGGAGCUGCACCUCUACCUCUCCUCUCCCAUGGGAGCUGCACCUCUACCUCUCCUCUCCCAUGAGAGCUGCGCCUCUACCUCUCCUCUCCCAUGUGAGCUGCACCUCUACCUCUCCUCUCCCAUGGGAACUGCACCUCUACCUCUCCUCUCCCAUGGGAGCUGCACCUCUACCUCUCCUCUCCCAUGGGAGCUGCACCUCUACCUCUCCUCUCCCAUGGGAGCUGCACCUCUACCUCUCCUCUACCAUGGAGCGCACCUCUACCUACUCCUCUCCCAUGGGAGCUGCACCUCUACCUCUCCCAUGGGAGCUGCACCUCUACCUCUCUCCUCCCAUGGGAGCUGCACCUUACCUCUACCUCUCCAUGGGAGCUGCACCUCUACCCUCUCCCAUGGGAGCUGCACCUCUACCUCUCCUCUCCCAUGGGAGCUGCCCUCUACCUCUAUGGAGCUGCACCUCUACCUCCUCUCCCAUGGGAGCUGCACCUCUACCUCUCCUCUCCCAUGGGAGCUGCACCUCUACCUCUCCCAUGGGAGCUGCACCUCUACCUCUCCUCUCCCAUGGGAGCUGCACCUCUACCUCUCCUCUCCCAUGGGAGCUGCACCUCUACCUCUCCUCUCCCAUGGGAGCUGCACCUCUACCUCUUCUCCCAUAA